AAACAAAUGAUUUGACAAUUUUCAUAUUUUUCUCACAACUGUCAGAGAUAUUUUGUUAAUUUUUCUAUAUUUUUGCCAAAAUUAAUUCGUUCAAGUGAUAGAAUUCCACAUUGAAUAUGUUACAUUUGUGAACUACACCAUUCUCUGUUGCUGUUCAUUCUCGAGGAAUCUGUGUCUGAUAACGGGUAAUCAUCUAUCUCAAGAAUGGUGAAAAAAGGUCCUGUCGUCGUACCGAUGCAGGUAGACGAAACGUACGCCAAACUGCCUCAAGUUGCGGCCGCAGCUCCUCUAAAAGCUGCUCAAAAAGAACAGGGCGAAAGUAAACCGAAGAAAAACGACGGUAUCAAGUCGUAUUACAAAUACAAGGUUGAGACUUUGCAGUUAAUUAUUCAAGAUCGUACGCAAAAUCUGCGCCGUCUGGAAGCUCAACGUAACGAGCUAAACGCCAAGGUUCGUAUGUUACGCGAAGAAAUCAUGCUUCUGCAAGAACAAGGAUCGUACGUUGGCGAAGUGAUCAAACCAAUGGAUAAGAAGAAAGUGCUGGUCAAGGUACACCCGGAGGGAAAGUUUGUCGUAGAUUUAGAUAAGAAUAUCGAAAUGACCGAUGUGACUCCGAAUUCUCGAGUCGCUUUGAGAAACGAGAGCUACACGUUACAUAAGAUCCUACCGAACAAGGUUGAUCCUCUGGUAUCGCUGAUGAUGGUCGAAAAGGUACCCGAUUCCACGUACGAGAUGGUCGGCGGUUUAGAUAAACAGAUAAAAGAAAUCAAAGAAGUUAUCGAGUUGCCGGUCAAGCAUCCCGAGUUGUUCGAAGCUUUAGGUAUAGCUCAACCGAAAGGUGUGCUUUUAUACGGACCUCCCGGUACGGGUAAAACGUUAUUGGCUCGAGCCGUAGCUCAUCACACCGAAUGUACGUUUAUACGUGUCUCCGGUUCGGAACUAGUUCAAAAAUUUAUCGGCGAAGGUUCGCGUAUGGUUCGUGAACUUUUCGUAAUGGCUCGUGAACACGCUCCUAGUAUAAUAUUCAUGGACGAAAUCGACUCUAUAGGAUCAUCUCGAAUCGAAUCGAGCAGCGGAGGCGAUUCCGAAGUACAACGUACCAUGUUAGAAUUGCUCAAUCAACUCGACGGUUUCGAAGCGACUAAAAAUAUCAAAGUUAUCAUGGCCACUAAUCGUAUAGAUAUCUUAGAUCCGGCUCUGCUACGUCCCGGACGUAUAGAUCGUAAAAUCGAAUUCCCUCCUCCCAAUGAAGAAGCUCGUUUAGAUAUUUUGAAAAUUCACUCUCGUAAGAUGAACCUGACCAGAGGUAUUAAUCUUAGAAAGAUCGCCGAACUGAUGCCCGGUGCUUCGGGUGCCGAAGUCAAGGGUGUUUGCACCGAAGCUGGUAUGUACGCUUUGAGAGAACGUCGAGUACACGUCACGCAAGGUGAUUUCGAAAUGGCAGUUUCCAAAGUAAUGCAGAAAGAUUCCGAAAAGAAUAUGUCAAUUAAGAAAUUAUGGAAGUGAUCGAUUUAUUACGUUGAAAACGGUUUCGCGGUGUGUAUGCUCCCUAUUCCCCAUCUCUUCGUCCCAGAGUUAUAUUUUUCCUUAUAUAUUUGUAUAAUUUCUUAUACUUCUUCUACGCUGUAAUAUUUCGUUGCUCUCCAUAUCCCCAUACAUUUUAUGUAAUCACAAUAAGUCGACGUAUUCAACUAACUCGAAUUUAUUUUUUUCGUUUUUUUUUCUCUUACGCGUAUGUGGUAAUAAUGCUAUAGAUGGAUUAAAUAAUGUAUGUAUAUUUUCAAGUGAAACUGAAACGAUGCAGAUGUUUUUCGUUUUCCACAUACCCAGUCGUUUGUUUUUUUAAUAUUAUUUGUCAAGUGGAUUGAAUAAAAAAAAAAAUGAGUAAAUAAUUUUAACACA